AUGAACUUCAAACAAAUAAUUGGACCGACUGCUAAAGUGAUAAAUUUUCAACAAUGUCGCGGUUUGCUUCGACCGCCAAAAAAUUUACCAUUUCGAGGUGUUUAUAGGAAAGACGGAGAAGUAAUUAGACAAGGGGACAUUAUUGUGAAUCAAUUUAAAAUGAAUUAUCACCCGGGAAUGAAUGUAUAUUACGAAAACGAUCGCGGUGAAAAGCUACUACGAGCGAAAUGCGACGGCGUUGUUCGGAUUAGUCGAGAAAAAUGCAAUCCGGAUUUCAACCUUCCAGAAAUGAAAGUAUACGAGUACAGGAAAGACGUGGAUCUCUACAAGCUCACAUUUAACAUGGAUGCGAACGCUGAAGGUCCAAACAUCGAACGAGACGUUCAACGAAUUCUAGAGCUCAUCGAGCAUGUCCAGAAAACUGGCGAGGUGUCGAAUCCCAAGAUCGCGUCGCUACAAAAUGCCUUGCGUUCCGAUUUUUUCAAUGUUGUUCGAGAAGUCUACGAAACCGUUUAUGAAACGAUCGAUGUUGAUGGAUCUCCUGAGGUGAAAGCUGCAGCUACUGCCAAGGCUACGGUAGCAGCAUUUGCCGCCGCUGAAGGACACGCGCAUCCAAGAAUAGUCGAAUUGCCAAAAACAGAUCAAGGACUGGGAUUCAAUGUGAUGGGCGGAAAAGAGCAAAACUCGCCGAUUUAUAUCUCUAGGAUAAUCCCUGGUGGUGUUGCUGACCGUCAUGGUGAUUUGAAACGAGGAGAUCAAUUGAUUGCAGUUAAUGGAAUAAAUGUCGAAAGCGAGUGUCAUGAAAAAGCCGUCGACCUUUUGAAAUCUGCGGUUGGCUCUGUGAAACUCGUUGUGAGAUACACGCCGAAGCUUCUCGAUGAAAUGGAGCGACGAUUCGAACGACAACGACUCCGAUCGAAUCAGCAAAGCCCUCAAUUGCCAAUACCGUCGUCAUCCGCCGAAAAAUGA